AUGGACGGCGCGGGGCGUCACACCUUCGGCAUCCCAGCAUCAUGUCCGUUUACCAUCCAGGAGAUCCGUCUCAAUGGGAUCACCAAGUCGUACACAUAUCUUAUCCGCGAGCGUGACGAGUAUGGAGAGUAUCCCCAUAUUUACGCAAAGAUAUGCAGUGCACCUGGAUCGUCUACCUCGCCGAACGAGUACGUCUAUCGCCAUUACAGCUACUCGCGCUACUUGAAGGGUGGGGAUUUUGAGAAUAAGCCCGAGACAAGCUCCAAGGUGAUCGUCCUCAGCGACUCGGGAUGCGGGAGUGAGGUUCCUAAUGCUUCCUCUGCCACCUCGAGCCUCUCAUAUCCUGCCUACGAUGGUGGUCAAGGGCCGUACACGAACCGCGCCCAACCUGAAGUGUGGAAUAUUCGGACUUUUCUCGAGUACACGAUCAAUCCGGGCGGACGGAUACCCUACUUGGUCAUGACGACGCAUUGCCACUACGAUCACAUCAUGGGAAUCGGGAAAUUACUAUCUUCAUCCACUUCUACUACGGUCUUGUCGUCUUCGCACGCUUAUUCGUACGUCUCUCCGUACGCCCAACUACAGAAUCACAGCCUCUGCAAUACCCUCAACCUCAAUGCCCCCAAGUACGAUGUAGGGAUCUGGGCCGACGACCUCUCUCGCGUAGCAUACAGCCCCCGAUUGGGUGCCUCUGCCCUCUCCGUGGGUAACAGGAUCCCCACGCCUUUCACAAUUUUGCAUACUCCAGGCCAUACCCCGGACUCUCUUUCCUGGUAUGAUAGUGAGCUCCGCCUGCUAUGUGUCGGCGACAGUUUCUACGCCAAGGAGACGAGUUCCACGAGAGAUGGGAAAUGGGGGCGCGAACCAGCCAUGCCAGUCAUGUUCAAUUUGGACAGCGAUCUGACUGAGUGGUGGAGGAGUGUGGAUAAAGUGCUUCAAUUCGUGAGGGAGAGGAAUAAGGAGGUUGGAGGCGCUGCCCAGGGCGAGUCCGAGGAAGCUAUCGGAGAGCGAUCAAGAUCAGCGACGCAUGGGCACAAAAGUGACCUCAAAAAGGACGACGGCGAAAUCGAGGACGAGGGGUUCGUCCUCAUCGACGUCGGCGAUGCCACCGGAGAAACAGAUGCCAAUGACUCCCUGGCCACAAAGACUAAGCAGUUAUCUCUGGCGUCCACUGCCACUGCCGCCGCCGUCGCCCCAACGAAACCAGCCACGGCGGUAAAGUCACAGAAACAAACCGGCUUCGACAGUCUUACUCGUGCGCAAAAGAGCCUCGCCGCCUGGCCCACCACAUCCACAAAUUCCCUGUUAACACCGACCAUCGUGCCCACGGCAGCAGCUCCCAAAGGUGGCUGCGCGCCCGGCGCACCAGCCUUCGGCGUCAAUAAACUGAACCCAGACCCAUGGAUGCUUGUCGUCAAUCGCGACGAACCUUUCCCUCGGCCGAAUUCUUCGGCUCGACCUCCGCCUCCGCAGAACCAGCUCGGAACCACGCCCAAUUCUUCUUCUCAUGUCCAGCGUCAGCAUAGGUCUUCUCGCGCUUCCCUCGUCUCGAACAACGCCCCACUACCCAGAGUCAAGCUCUGUGCCGCCCACACGACUCUCUCCCUAGACGCCGAGCACGCGCUCGUGUCGAUGCGAGGAUUCCUCCUCCGCGUCUUGAAGGACGAAGUCCCCUGCCAGCGCGUCGAGGACGGCCCCCACGGCGAGGAGCGGUGGCUGUGGGACUUUGCCAUUUCUUCUUCCGAGGCGGCGGACAUGAGGAUAAGACGGCUGCCUCCGACCGCCCGGACGUGGGGAUACUGGGUUGCGGAAUCCCCGGCGGAACAGGCGCGGAGAGAAGGCCAGAUCACCAGCGAUCGGGAUGUGGAGAGGGGAGGACGAGGACGAGGCCAAGGGCAAGGGCGAAGGCACCAAGACCACGCAAAGCACGCGUUUAGUGUGCUUGCGCCUCUGAGGGUGAUUGAGGCCGGGAGGAAACAGAUUCUGCAUUUGAAACAUGCGGGCACGACGGGGCCCGCUGGGGUGGUGUAG